AUGCGUUCGGCCGCCUUCUCUGCCCUGAUGGGCUUCGCCCUCGCCGGCAUCUCGAUGGCCUAUGGAUCCGCCAACCUGCUCGACCACGGGUGCAGGCCGAUCGCGCGUAGGACCGAUGCCAACCUCGACAAGAGGCAGCUCGCCGCCGCCGGCGAGGGCCAGGAUAUCACCAGCUCCGGUGGCGCUUCGGCUGCCAAGUACAGCUGCGACCCCAACAAGUGCAAGCUGCCCGACUGCCACUGCGCAGACACCAACCCGCCCGGCGGUCUCGACCCCAAGGACGUGCCCCAGUUCAUCGUCUUCACUGCCGACGACGCCGUCCAGAGCUACACGAUUGCCGCCGUCGACCAGUUCCUGGCGCAGCGGAAGAACCCCAACGGCUGCACGCCAAAGAUGAGCUACUACACCCAGACGAUGUACACCAACUACUCGAUGGUCACCGAGCUCUACGUCAACGGCAACGACGUCGCCGACCACACCAUGACCCACGUCGCCCAGGCGCCCGCCGAUGAGAUCGACGGCAACCUCAUCACGCUCAACGCCCUCGCCGGCAUUCCGUACAAGUCCAUCAUCGGCUACCGUGCCCCCUUCCUUAACUACACUCGCCAGAACCUCGAGCACCUUCACGGCGCGGGCUUCACGUACGACUCGUCGUCGACGUCGUCGGUGCCCGUCACGGACCCCAACACCGACGCCUUCUGGCCCUACACGCUCGACAACGGCAUGGCCAACGACUGCCAGUCGGUCGACAACAUCUGCAACGGAGAGCCCAAGCUGCCCGGAUUCUGGGAGAUCCCCAUGUACGCCAUCUUCGACGAGAAGGGCGCCGCCGGCGCGCACCUGAUGGACCCCUGGCUCGACUCGCCCAACCCGGACGACGUGCUCAACUGGAUGAAGAACACCUUCAGCGACCAUUACAAGGGCAAGCGCCAGCCCUUCGGUCUCUACACGCACCCCAUCCACGUCUCGCCCAACUACCCCGGCCAGCCCGACCAGGCCCAGAUCAACAAGAUGAUCAAGAUGAUCAACUCGUUCCUCGACUGGGCCACCACGAGCGCCGACAUGCAGAACGUGUGGAUCAUCAGCAACAAGCAGCUGCUGGCGUGGAUGAAGAACCCGGUGCCGGCGAGCCAGCUCAACACGAUUGACGAGUUCAAGUGCCAGACGCCCGAUGUCAAGGACCACAUCUGCAACGGCUUUGCCAAGAACUCGGACCUGAUGCAGCACUGCAUCAGCAACACGCAGGGAGACCCGCUCAACAACUCGCCGUUCUACACGUGCUACGGCUGCCCGGAGACGACGCCGUCGCCGCAGAACCCCAACCCGCCGCAGAAGAACAACGAUAACUCGGUGCGGACGCGCAUCAACGACAGCUGCGACACGCCCUGGUGGGACCCGGUCGCGGGCAAGUGCCUGUGCUCGGGCAGCGGCUGCGGCUUCAGCGACUCGACGCGCGCCAUUGGACCCAACGGCGCCAACCUCACCUCGUCGGGCAGCAACAACCUUGACGGCAAGGCGGCGUCGGCCACGGCCAGCCAGGACCCCUACCGCAACUUCAACGGCGCCGCCGCCACCGUCAAGAUGGGCAGCGUCGCCGGCUGGGCCUCGUCGCUGGCCGUCGGCGCCAUCGCCGGCGCCGCCAUGCUGCUGGCCUAG